AUGCCGGGUCUUUCACUCUGGCUCGUUCCCUACGACAAUAGUCCUUUCACAAAAACAACACAAGAACUCAUCUCCGAGACAGUGCCCAAACAAUUCGACCUGGAAAAUCCACAUGCAUUUCCACCACAUGUAACAAUAACCUCUGAUAUCCCAGAAGAAGCUCUUCAAGGCAAACAACCUCAAGAAUGGCUUGAAAGUCUUCAGCUUCCAUCAGACUUCAAGAAAGAGCACAAUGAAGUCCUUCUCGAGCUCGAUACAGUAGAAGCCGAAGAUCCAUUCUUCCGGAAAUUGAACAUCGCGCUCAAGGAGAAUGAGAAUCUGAGGAAACUUGUGGCUGUCUGUCGACAGGCAGCUGGUCUAGAGGCUGACCAUUUCGCGAAGAGUGAAUAUCGUCCCCAUCUUUCGCUUAUGUAUGCAGAGCUACCUACGAAGGAUGUCAGGAACAAGGUGGCAUUGAUUGAGAUGAAGAUUGGAUUUGCCUUUGGGUGA